AUGGCAAUCACCCAGCACCCCCCCUCCGCCCCCUCCGAGGACGGCGAACACUCCGACAGCCACCCUCAACAGCAGCACCCCCCAUCCGCUCCCCUGCAUCAGCACACCCUCUCCUCCGCCUCAACAGCCACGGUCGACAUCGAAGCUUGGACCGUCUCGGCGCUCGAGUCCCUGAACAUCACCCCCCAAGUCGCGCGCGGGACCUCGAACUCGCUCGCUAUCCCGAUUGAUAGCCAUGAUCCCCCUGCCGCGGCCCUCAAGCUGAGGUUUGACCCCGCUGCGGGUGCAGCAGGGCAAACAAUCACCCCUCCUCGCCGCCCCCCGUCAAGAAGGGACUCGAUGAAGAAACGGGAGGCGUUGAUCAAGGGAAACCCUGGGUCGAGACAGAGGAGGAGGUGGGAGAAUGAUCACCUUUUGGGGGUCCCCAACGCGCAGCCGCCUCUGCCGAGUGAUUACCAGAUUCAGCCUACGUAUCCUGUCUUGCCCACGGUGCCGUACCAACUUGCGGGGUACUGGGAACGGGGGUUGAGGGAGGUUGUGGAGGGGAGGAAGCAUCCUAGGCAGGAAACUAAACCGGCCCCGGGGGAGCUGGGAUAUAUACCCCAGAACUUUCGGGCUACGGCGAAGAGGACGCCGGCGGUGGGGAGGUGGUUGAGGGUGUUGGAGGAGCCGGUUAGGAGGUUUGUUGUUGAGAGGGGGCUGGCGGUGACGGUGGAGGAGCAGGAGAGGCGGGAGGAGGAGGCGGCGAUGGAGAGUGAGGAGACGGAUCCGGAGGAUGAGGAGAUUGUGUUUGUGGGGAGGGGGGGAAAUAAAGUGAGGGAGGGGAAGCCGCCCGUGGAGACCGAGAUCAAGAGUGCUACGAGGCGGGUUGGUGGGGAGCAGGAGAGGGGGAUGGUGCUUGAUACGGCGGGGGAUGAUGAGGUUGGGGGUGCGUUUAAGCGGUGGUUGACGCACUCCAUCUCUGAUUACUAUGGCUUGGACUCUAAGAGUGUUCUCGUCCAGGGGCAGGGUAGCAAGGGGAAGAAGGUCAUUUUUGUGGGGGUGAAGAAGCAGCAGCAGAGGAAGGUGGCCGUGAAGGAGCAGCAUUUGCCUGUUUUGCCACCGCCGCUGUGGGAGAUGUUCUAAGCUGGGGGUUGGUAAGCUGGGCAAGAUUGCUACUGCUCCAGAGAGCUCCAGUUACACCCCGUGAUGGGCAAGCGUAUAUAUAUUUCCGAAGCAUUUGGGUUCACCUCGGGUGACCUGACCUGGCGUGGAUAGGUAUACAGCUCGGAAGAGAUCAAGUCCACAAGGCAAUGAUGGAUCAA